GGCCGGGCGGCGGCGGUUGCUGUGGGUAGGAUGGUGCGGACGAAGGCGGAGAGCGGCGGGGCUUACCGCAAAGUGCUGGCCGCCCGGGCUCCCCGGAAGGUGCUGGGCUCCGGCAGCACCAACGCGGGACCGUCGCCGGUGGCCAAGAGAGGCGAGGGCCGCCGUGGGGGGGGGAACCCGGUGUGCGUGAGGCCCGUCCCCGCCUGGCAGAGGGGUAUCGGCGAGUUCCUGCAGCUGCCGCAGAAGGAGAACCGGGCGCCCGGCGGAGAGGCGGCGGGGAGCAGCGGCCUGGGGCCGGCCGCCAAAAAAGCUCGCCCCCUGCCACCAGAUCCUGCAGAAGAUGGUGAGUCCUCUGAAGAAGAGUGACGUGAUCUGACCCUGACUUUAAUGAUAAACCGCGUCUCCAUAGUCAAGCUGUUUUUUGUAUAUUUGUAUAGUUUUUCUACAGUUUGUUAUGGCUUAUGUUCAGCUGUUGCACAGAACUAAAAGUGUAAGUUUGAGAGACUGCAAGAACAUUGUGGUGAAAUUAAUAUAUACUUUCUGAAGCUUAGCAUUCAGUAUAAGUUACUGUUUUAAUUAUUAUCUUGGUUUCCUUGAGUUCCUCAGCGACUCCUGCAUAUUGUGCAGCUUUUAUCUUUUGAUUGCCUUGUGCUUGUCCGAGACUUGCAUGAUCAUGCUUGUUCUGUUUUUAGAAAGCAGAUUCUUAAUUUUCUAAUACAUUGAAGCAUUCUGAAAAUA